GGAGCAACCACACGCUCAGCUGCUAUAUAUAGUGUGUCACACACACACACACACACACACACACACACACACCGCUCCUCGCGUCUGUCGGUCCGCUGGUGAUCAUGGCGGCGGUGUCGGUUGUUCGCCGGUUCGUGUCUCUGUCGGUUCCGCGGCUCGUCGGCUCUCAGCAGCAGCACCGGACCGCAGUGAACACCACCUCCGGAGCCAUUCUGCCCAAACCCAAGAAAACGAUGUUCGGUCCGCUGCGGAUCCUGAUGGUCGUGGCUCCGUUCCUGUACGUCGGGACCCUGAUCAGUAAGAACUUUGCGGCUCUGCUGGAGGAGCAUGAUAUAUUUGUGCCUGAGGAUGAUGAUGAUGACGACUGAUCACAGAUGCCACUGUUUCUCUCCAUGAACUCAAGCACUGGAGCAUCUGUGUGCUUUCACUCCUUCAUGACGUCUGCUUCACAGGAAUCACUUCUGUUCGUCUGUAUAUUGCUGUGUAUUUAUGAAGAUUCAUCAGGAGCUGAAUUCUUGAUUCUGACUGGUUGACCCGAGUGUAGAUCACUGAUCUAUAAUAAAGAAUAUAAACUCUACUAUUCAA